UGAUUUAGCUUAAAUAUGAAAAAGUUGAGGCGUUUAUUUAGGGCAUAUCUGUCACUAGUGAGCAAGUCAAGGUAAUUAUAAUGCUAAGCGGAAAUCAUCUCUGUCCCAAGUUCUACAACAUAUAUAACAUUGCAGAAUCAAAUCGCCUCCGAAAUUUUCUUCCGCGAGUGUAACUCAAAGUAGUGACUGAAAUGGAAUCGUUGGUGCGACUUACAGCCGAAAUAAUUUUAUUAAGUAUUUUAAGCAUCAUGGUGUCAUCGGCGACUCAAUGCGGGACCAUGUCAUGUACAGGGCAUGAGGAGUGCUAUUUGUUCUACUCGUACAAAGGUUUUUGGUACUAUGAAUCCAAUUUCCGUAUACGUCGAGGUCUAGCAAACGUUGCUAAAUCAAGAUCCUGUUACAAGUACGUAGUAAAUCCCAAUACGCUUACGUCAUCAUGCUUCGAGAUGGAAAAACGUUGCAUCGAGUCUGGCGGAUCCUUAGCGGUCAUUAAUAGCAACCGAGAAUAUAUAACGUUUAAUGAGUUUAUUCUGGAUGUAACCAGGGUUGAAAGUUUUGUACCAGUUUACCGAAAAUUACUGGUGCACGUUGAUUCACUACCGAUGGCAAAGAUGAAUAAAACAUGUUCGCAUAUUGUUGUUAAAGAUGGAUUGUUAGAUGAUAAUGCAGGCUACAUUAAACCUCAACCAUGCGCAGAGGAAGCAAUUUUUAACAGCGUAUUAUGCGAGUAUUCAAUAGAAGAAGAACCUGACAAAGAUUAUAAAAAUACAACCUCCACCAGGUCUCGAACCCGGGAACUUUCGCUAAGCGUCAUACCACUAGACCACGAAGGGGCUCACCACCAUGCAGUCAGAUCUGUUCAUCUGUACGACUCUCCUCUGGAUGAGUGGAUGGACAAGCCAUACUUUGUUGAGAGUCAACAAGAAAGACUAUACUCUAGUGCUGAUUCAACCAGCUCAUCCAGUUCAGGCGAUGUCCCGUCAGUUGAUUCCGAUAAACACCAACACAUCUCAUGUGAUCCAUCCAAAGGUACUUAUGAAAAUCAUCGUAUAUACGCAUCAAUAUGCCGAGAACUCCCGGAAAACAUUUACAAAUUCCCGUAUGAAAAUCAGGACGCGUUCAAGGAUUACUAUAAUCUUGGAACCACCAACUUUGAAAAUAUGGACGCCAAUAUCGUCAUGAAGACAAUGUACAAUUCUCUCCAGAUUCGACCAGAUCUAGAAAUUCAAACACGUGUUAAUGGAAAUAACCGACAAUCAAUUAGGGAUAUAUUCUACGACAAACUAUCGAGGAGUUCAACACGGUCAUUGCUGUCAAUGCCAAAUAGGUACAAUUCUAGAACGUCCGAUGGUCACGAAGGAUUUGAACUAUCUUCUACUUCAAGUGACGGUAGAACAGAUUACCACCAUCUGGAUCGCAGAUGUACAACUAUUGCCAUUGGAAAUAGAAGUCGGGGUGAGCAUGAUUAUUCAAAACUAACGAACGUGACUGCAACAUAAUAUAACUCUGAUAAACUUUAGUUGCAGUUUGAGGAAAUUGACGCACAACAGGCCCGUAACCAGUUUUGGUAAUAUGGAAGAUCGUUUUCAAUCUGAGUGAAACUUUUGGGGUCCAGGUGUACUCUCGAAAAAUGUUGAGAAUCAUGACCGCCACCUUUUAUUUCAAAUGCUAUUCUGGUGUGUUUGAGCUGCUUUCAAAGGAGUUACCAUUUCCGUGAAAAAAACAUUGAAUCAAUUUGAUAUGUGCAAACGUUGACGAAUCGGCAGUAGGCUAUACUAUGCAAUAUGUUUGUAGACAAAAUAUGGUGCUCUUCAGAUCACAAAUAUACUGUACAUGACAGUUUUCCAUCGUUAACGACAAAGUAGGCCUACGACAAAUCACAGAUAGGUUUUUUGGUAGAAUUUAUUCAACCGCAUGCAUCCAUUAACACAUAAGCAUACAAAGGCGAUGACUUUUGAAUUGUAAAAAUAAAUAUUAAAGCGACUGUCUUGAUCAAUGUUUAUUGAUAAUCUGUCGACAUUGCGUCGCGUAAUCAAACACUCACCACACAAAGUGGAGCUGAAUUUGUCGGUCGAUUUCUGCCAAUGCAAUGUGUGCGUCUUAGACCUACUGUCAUCCUGUAGUUUCAGUGCGGAUUCAAGGGGUGGGGGAAGGAUAGCCAGCCCGGGCCCCCUAAAUUGUUCAACAUUUGGAGAGAAAAAUGGAGAUAAAGAAAAUUAUAUUCAAAUUUUUAGUCUGAGAGUGCGAUUUCCAGCCAUCUAGAGGUGCCAUUUUCACAAAUUUUCUUACCUCGGCCGCCCAAACCAUGGUGGGAGGGUGAGGUGGUAUACAUCCUCCAUCUGUGAAAGUACCUCCCCGGGCCCCCUCUAUUUUGAAUGAAUCCGUCACUUAGUUUGGCAAGUUUUUGCUGUCUUGUGGAAAAGAGACUAAAACCCUGACACUGACUACUUUUAUUAACCGAUGACAAUUGAGUUACUAUUGCAUGUGGUAUUCAAUGUGAAUGGAUACAGAAAAACUCAUAUAUAAAUGCUGUAUACUUUAAAAGUUGGGUUUAGGCUUAAAUAAUCAGUCAUAUGAACACUUUUGGUGAGCCUGCAAAACUUCGUAAUCGCACCAGCCCAUGUAUAACUCUAGAAUUCAUCGAGACCGCGGUCGGUGACCGUUAAAAUACAAAGGAUUAUGACGUAAGCUCUCGGGACUGCUUUUUUUUAAAGAUAUAAAUGUUCGAAUGUAAAUCAACACCUCUACUGGGAAAGCACGUUUUGGGUGUUGCCUUCACAUUAAGUUUUCAUAAGUCAUACUAAAUGUGAAAGUAAUGUUAGCGAAACAGAGGCCUCUAAUGUGCUAAAUACUAAAUACUUGUAAAUAUUUUUUGAAACAAACCAUGAAUUGAAUUAUAGGCCUAAUGAGUGAAAUGCUUUAAAAUGAAUGGAAAGAGAUAUCUUUUAUUCUUAACACAGUCAUCAUUAUCACUCAGUGAUUCCUUGUAGGCCUAGUUGUGAACAUUUGCAGCAUGGCGCGUGAGUUCAAAAAAUCGAAAUUAAGCCUACACCAGGUUCUGUUUUUAUACCUUUUCUAUAGGGCCACGGAAUUAACUAAGGCAGUCGGAAUAUUACCGCAUGACAAAAAUGAGCAAUAGACCUAAACCCACGCCGCGGCGAUAUUACACGGUUGUGGUAUACCCCACACCGUACCCAUGCUAUAAGGAACGGGGUCAUUUCCGUAGACUUAGGGAAAGGUGGAACAUGUAUUGGCCUCAUUCCCAAAUCAGCAACGUUUACUAAAUCAGCUCUAAAAAGAUACAGACACUGGCAUGCCUGCACAUCUGGAAAGUGGCCUAAUUCAACCUACUGUUGUAUUUGUGAAUGACCUAUAGGUAAGCUCGGUAAAUGUACAUAUGUAUUUAUAGGAAAGGAAUACACAGUGUGAUUCCGUUUAGGCAGUGACAGAACCAUAAUUUAUCGGACAGUAAUCGCGAAGCCAAACCUUUCAUAAAAUAGAUAUCGUAUUUCAAAAUUUCUAAUUUUACAGGAUCAUGAAAGUUCCUAUACAAAUGAAAACCAGUAUUAAAUUAAUUGACAUAUUAUUCGCAAUGAAAAUGAAAUCUUAGAGCUUAUGAUAUAAGCAUUUGUAAAUCCGCCAAAUUGUUAAAAAAAAUACCGUUCGUUUGAUAGUGAUCCGACAAAAAUAAGCAAUGAAAGUACUGGAUUGAUGAUUUACGAGUUGUUUAAGUGCGAGCACACAUAUUUCAUUUUGAUAUUUUAAGUGUUUGAUGAAUUUAUCCUUUUAAUUGGUGUAGAUGAUUUUGAUAUCCUUCGUUAAAUCCGUGUGUUUAGAAGAACAAAUAUUUAUAUUUCUUUUUAGCAUACUUUUAAAUUAGUUUCUUUGGUGUUCUAUUUUAAUUUUGUAUAUUUGUGUACAUACUAAUUUUAUCAA